UCUCGAGUGUUCCAAGAUGCCUGCGUCACAGAUUGGAUUUGGAGAUUUCUUUAUUGGGAAAAACAUCAACAUGCAUCAUGGAUAUCAGACUAUGGUUUUGGGGCGCCCAUCUGGGGUCCCCCCUGUUCCUGGUCACCCUGCAGUAGCUGGAGCACCCCGGUCCUAUUCUGGGAUGCAGGGCUAUAGUUUCAUCCCCUAUCUGCAUCUGGGGCACAAUAUGAGACUAAUGAGUCCCUAUCAGCUGAAGUCAGCGUCUCCCUACCAUCAGGCUCUCCUCGGCCAAGGGGCACCCUUCUACUCGCCCUACCGAGCCCUGGCAGCUGAGGACCCGGGUAGGGCGGGCAAAGCGGCCGCCCGAGAGAGCACCGGGGCGCUCAAGGCCUGGCUCAGCGAGCACCUGAAGAACCCAUACCCGACCAAGGGCGAGAAGGUGAUGCUGGCCAUUGUCACCAAGAUGAGCCUCACGCAGGUCUCCACCUGGUUCGCCAACGCCAGGAGGCGACUGAAGAAGGAAAACAAAGUGAGCUGGGUGUGCAAGAGCAAAACCGACGAGGAGAGUGAGAGCGAGGAAGAGGAGGCUGGAGAGAAAAGAGAGCGUGAGGAGGAAGAGGAGGAGGAAGACAUUGAUUUACAGACUGUGGAUGAGAAUGAGAAAGAAGGAUCUGGGUCUGAGGGUUCCGACCAGGAGCCCACUAGGACUCCAGACAGGCUCAGUCCAGCGGCUCCAGGGGAUGGGCUAAAGGAAUCAGAAAGAGAUGUAGUUCUAGGGAACAACAGCGAGAGUAAAAAUAAGAGGGUCACACGCUUGGGUGAUUCUACAAAACCCGAACUAGGAGCUAAAGAGAAUACAGCGCCACAGAAACCCAAAAUAUGGUCCUUGGUCGAAACAGCAACCUCGGGCACUGGGCACAGUGCAGUGCAGAAAAGACCCGCUCAUCAUAUCAACAGCCAGGACACUGGCGGCUUGUGGGCGGAUUUGACUGUCAGGAAUGGACAGUAUGUUCCUCUGUAUUUGCCAGCACACUGCACCCAUAGACAAACCCUUCCUAGUGGUAUGAACUGUUAGUAUGUAAACUGCCGGACCACAGCCAUCUAUAAGUGCACUUCAUUUACUAUUCAAAGUUGCUGUUCUCAUUGUAAAAGUCAUCGCAUUAGCUUCUCAUUUUUGUUUUAAUAUACUAUGUAUUUUUGUACAUGAUGUAAAUAAUAAAUCGUUUUUUUUAA